AAAAAAAAAAAGGAAAAAAAAACCCGAAUUAUUUUCUCUAUCAGAGGCUUGCUAAAGACACUUUAAAAUGAGUAAAACAAAUUAUACAUCAAUAAAAUCAAUGCUUGGAUUUCCAUUCAUUUAAGCAUGCACAUAGCGUGCAUGUCACUACUGGUUGCUCGGCAACUGCACAGACGCUUUUUUACUCUUCCCGGAAGUGCGUGGCUCCGAGGAAACAUGGCGCACAGAGCAGUGCAUAAUAAACCACUGGUAUUCAUCGCUUCAACUUACUCGUUCACCGCUUUCUGUUUGUCUAUUCUCGUCGCUUUUGUUACAGUAAACGCCGACAAUGCGUUCAGUGCGAGCCACACGGCUACUGGAGCCAUCGCUGCUGCUAGAGAUCUACGGUACCUUUUGUACGACGUGAACCCCCCGGAGGGUUUCAAUCUGCGGAGGGAUGUCUACAUCCGCAUGGCCUCCCUGGUGAAGACUUUGAGGAAGGACGGGAACGACUGGGUGUUGGUGCUACCCCCGUGGGGUCGCCUCUACCACUGGCAGAGCUCCAACGUCCACCAGGUUCGUGUCCCGUGGGGGGAGUUCUUCAGCCUCACUAGCCUGCAGGCCAAUGUGCCGGUCAUUGAGUAUGAGGAAUUCAUCGCCGAGAAUGGAGGCCCCUUCAUAGACCAGGUUCUGGUACUGCAAAACUACGCUGAGGGAUGGACUGAUGGGAAAUGGGAGGAAAAAGUUGAUGAGCGGCCGUGCAUUGACAAGUUGAUGUUCAACAAAGAUAAACAAGGCUACUACAGGGGCUGGUUUUGGGGCUACGAGGAGACGAGAGCCCGAAAUGUAACGUGCAUAUCAGCCCAAGGCCAUGCCUCCAUCAUGGCCCCGGUUCUUCAGAAGAACAUCACAGUGACGUCAGUUAUGCUUGACCGAGCCGAGACACUCCUCCAUGAUCACUAUGCUGGGAAGGAUUACUGGGAUACCCGUCGCAGUAUGGUUUUUGCCAAGCACCUGAGACUAAUAGGAGAUGACUUCAGAGCAAAGCACCUGAACUCUACAGAUGACAGAGACCGUACUGUUUACAGCGAGGACUGGACUCGCAUGAAAGCCAAGCUGGGCUCAGCUAAAGGUGGUCCGUACCUGGGGGUCCAUCUGCGCAGGAAGGACUUUAUCUGGGGUCACAGAGAGGACGUACCCAGCCUGAAGGGGGCAGUGAAAAAAAUGCGCAGCUUGAUGAAGAAGCAUAAACUCGACAGCGUGUUUGUUGCGACGGAUGCGGAUGAGGAAGAAUUGAAGGAGCUGAAAAGGUUAUUGCCAGACAUGGUGCGGUUUGAGCCGUCCAGAGAGGACCUGGAGCUCUUUAAAGAUGGAGGGGUGGCCAUCAUUGACCAGUGGAUAUGUGCCCACGCCAGAUUCUUCAUUGGAACAUCAGUGUCCACCUUCUCUUUCCGGAUCCAUGAAGAGAGGGAGAUCUUAGGUUUUGACCCCAAAGCUACAUACAAUCGUUUCUGUGGGGACACUGAGAAAGAAUGUGAACAGCCCACACACUGGAAAAUAGUUUAUUGAUGUGACCACUCACUUUCCUGACACACACACACACAAGUGCCAAAAGUAGUGUUAAAAGUGACAUGCAUUUGUAUGGAAUAUACAAUAUAUUUUAACGGUUUUAUGGUGUAUAUUUUACUUUUUUAUGGUUUCAGAGUUGUGCAAUCAAUCAGGUCUGUGGUGACCACUGUGACUGAACCUUAUGCUCAAGACUGGGCUGCCAAACGUGUUACUGUAAUGUUCAACAAGUAAAUCUGCAAAUAUUUUUUGGGUUGUAUGUUGAAUGUGAAUCCUUCAUGACAGCCUGGUAUUUUACAUAAUUUCUGAUAUUUAUUACCAGCACCGCUGGUGAGGAAUUAGUGUCUUAUAAUGACUGCAGCAGAAAGUGUUGUAUGGGAACAUUCUCAGUUUAACAGUCUAUGAGAUUCAAAGAUGUUGAGCAUCAAAACGUUAAAGGUGCUAAAUUCAAAAUUCAGAGCUUUAAUAUAGCAACCAACAACUAUUUGCUAUGUAAAGAUGUAGCGGAGUAAUAUCUACCUGAGCAGAUAAUGAAGUCACUCUCCCUCUGUGUGUUGUAAUACGCCAUGUUGAGAUCCGUUUGGAGGAAAUCCUUCAAUCAUAGAUAUACUCUAAAUUUGGAAUUUGGCACCUUUAACUAUUCUGUUUUUAUGUACAAUUUUGUUUUUCAAAAGUAACGCCACAUAAGUAUGAAGGAGCAUGCAGAGAUCAUGAGCACAGUAUGAAGAUAAUGCAUUUUUUGGUAAAAGGUACCCCGUGCAGUUGUCUUGAAAACACAUAAAGAUGUGUUGACAUUCCCGUGUUUCUUACCAAAAGGCAUUGUGUGUGUGUAACCCUUAGGUCUAAACAACGUUUUGAAUGCAUUUCCUUCCUCAGAAAACGUAUUUUUGAAGUACUUUGAACCUUGCAAUGUUUUCGUUAAUGUUUGCUAGUAGUCUUCUUCUUCACUGCCUUGUUUUUUUAGCAUAUUGCUUAGUUUCUUAGCGUGUUACCAGUACCACUGACUGUUGAUCAGUGGAUUAGCAUUAAAUGUGAAGGAAGUGUAUCGCUCUAAUGCACUUGCAUAUGCGUCCUUGUGCCUUUGCACGAGAUCCAAACAAAAAGGGGAUCUGCUCACAGAAACACUGCUCCACAGCGCCACUAGUGGUCACAAACUUUAUAUUGUAUCUUUAAAAUAGAAGACCAGAAAGGAGAGCAGCUCACAUUUUGUUAAAACGAGGUGCAUUUCACUUCUGCUUCCACCCUAUUUCAGUGUUUGAGUGAAAUAACUUUCAUCCCUUAUUUCAUAUUUGUAUGCAGUGCCAGUAUUAACAUUUGUUACAUGGGAUUACAAUAUUACUGAUGUUGGAAAAGUAGGAAAUAUGAGAUAUCAUAAAUAACAAUAUGAUGAUGAAUUUCUUUCAGCCUUUUCUUUUUUUCUUUGGCAUUGACCAUAAUAGUAUUAUUGCUACCGAUACUAGCGUUUAAAGGAACUGAAAUGUCACGAAGGAGCCACUGUGUCCCGUAAACACUAGCCGGUCAUUAAGCUGUGACGUUACAACACACCCUAUUUUUUUCCAUUCCUGAGGUGACCUAACUAUCUGUCUGGUAUGGGCAUUGUCUCAUGACUUUCUUUGUACAGUAGUUGUGUAAUGUUGAUGUUGAAUAAAAGUUUUUAGCAGAGUUUAAACUUUGCAUAAAACAGAUUUGUGGAAAAUGAAAA